CUGUCCUCUGCAUGACGUUCCGUCAAGCGUGUUUUAGGACAAGAACGCGGUAGGGACUGAACGGCCGCUUUUAGCGCUUUUAAAAACGCGUCCGGACAUCUCCGUCUGCUUUUUGACCGCAAAACAUCUCCUUUGUGAACACCCCCUCAACAUAGCGCGUCAUCGCGUCCUGCCCACGGCACCGCGAUCAGCUGAGAGCUACUGUAAAUCUGAAUCACUGUACUGAGAUCAGCUGAACUCUUCCAGACACAUCUGGAAUAUCUGUUCUCGGUGACCGAACUGCUGUCACAUUGUUGGAAACGGAUAAAAACAGACUAUAAUAUCCCCAUUCGGAGUUGUUUCUGUUUCUACAGCAGAAAGCAAGAAGGAUAAAGUUCGUAUGAAGGAUAUGGGCAGAUGUGGAAAUGUUGCGUUUAGCGCGUUGGUGCUCUUCUACUGUUCUUUCAUUACAGGUGAUCAUCUCUGCAUCUCUGCAGUUCACACGACCACGUCACCUUCAAUUCACAGCUCCGUGAAGAGAAGAAAUGGAGUGUCUGAUGUCAACAUGACCUCAUCACUAAAGCCAGAGUCACCCAACAGUGAUCAGGCACCGUCCUCUACUAACCACACAAACACCAACAUCACAGAUCCCACUCCUCACGCACACACUUCAGCAGUCACGUCUGUUCCUUCAUCAUGGACCGUCACUCCCUCUCUCACCACAAUGGAGAACAUCAGUUUCUCUGGGAACAUCCCAGACAGCCGAAACGAGUCGGACCUUUUAUCUACGAAAAAUCCGACAACAGUUACAAGAGUAACACCUACUACACUCCUGCCAUCAACAACCCAUUAUCCCAAAACCAAAAUCUACAAAACCACCUUCCUUCCGAAAUCCACCAGGCCUUCAGACGUGACCAGCCCAAAAUCAAUUACUACACGAACGAGACAAAAAUCUUCACAGACAACAUUGUCACAUGUUGCUACCACCCUCGCAGUCACCACAGGGAUGCCAGCGAGCAGCAGUCCCGUCCAGGCAAACACUCAUGUGGACACUCCCUCUGCACUGAAUGUUGGAGAUGACGACAAUAACCUGAAAGUGUCCUCUGACCCACUCCUGGCUGGACUGGUGUCUGCGUUUGUUGUCAUCGCUGCCAUUGUGUCAGUCCUCAUAUUCCUGAAAUUCAGAAGUAGAAAUGAUGGCCCCGAAUUUCACAGACUUCAAGAUGUCCCAAUGGACGAUAUGUUGGAAGAUGCUCCGCUCUCCAUGUACAGCUACUGAAAAACAUGGAUGCAUCUCACGGUUUUGUCACAGAUUUCUUCAAAGCGUCCAACAUUCUCUGAAAAGAAACUAUUUUAUGGAUCAUGUGCUUCAAAGAGGCACAAAUGCUCAUAUUGUUUCUGUUACAAGACGAAAUUUAGCAAAACACUCCACUUCAGUUGUUAAAUGCACCGUGGCCUUCGGUGGCUGGUCAUCGGGUUUAUAUUCUUGCACUUUAUGUGGCAUUUGAGAAUGGGUCACGUGCCAUGGAAUUAUUUGAUGACUGUCAGGUUUCUGUCUUUUUGGCAGUGUGUGUGUGUGUGUGUGUAAAUGAAUUUCUCUAUGACUGUUAUGUUGACUCAAGAUCUACUUUUGUUGUAAAUUUUCAGCUAGUAUUUUCUGCUCUGGAAAAACUCAUUUUUUAAUUCUGAUUAACAUGCUUCCUUGUUCUUGUUUUCUUAAAUCAAGGUUUUGAUGGUUAAUAUUGAUAUCAUGUUCAAACUCACACCAUUGGUUUAGCCAGCAGACGAGAUGCCAGACUGUUCAAACAUGCACGAUUUGAAAUCUCUAGCGCGGUGAUCUACGAAUAGCACACUUACUUCUUUAGCUUACUUACUUUUACUUUAGCCUUUGUUCAUUAAAGUCAAUAUUAAAUAAAAAUUAAUAGGAAUUAUUGGGCUUGCUGUACAUGAUUCAUCUAUGCACGUUAUUCCAAAGGAAAACAAGCAGCAGCUUUAAUUUCUCUGGAAAAGAGUUUCUAAAGUUAUGUAUUGGAUGAGAAUAUUAAUUUGUGUUUACUUUUGACAUCAGAUAUAGUCAGGGACGGAUUACCAACCGGGCCAAUGGGGCCCUUGACUGCCCGGGGGUGUCCUGGGCUUUAAGGCUGUGCGAUGUAGUUUGGUGAUACCCCCGCUUGAAAACCCCUUUUGGCCAUGAACAACGAACACCUCCACACCCUUAACAACUUUUGGGUGGAGGGGGGCCCUUGGAGAUAAUUGGCCAAGUGAGAAUCCGUCCCUGGAUAUAAUUGUCGUCAACCAGGCUGCCAAUACACAGAAUCAUUAUUAUAAAAUAAUCCAAUUAUUUCAAUGCUUUUCCUGUAUCUGAAAUGCUUAAAUGCAAUCAGGAAAUGCUUUACAAAAAUACUGAGAAUGAAUGACCCAAAUGUAGCUACAGACUCUACACUCUUAUUAAUUGAUCAAUUACAGUCCAAUUUCCAAUACUUUUGAUUUGCUGGCUGAAAGUGUGAUAUUGUUUACUUGCGUGAAAACAUGUGAGAGUUGAUUUGUGUAAAACUGUUUCUGUGUCACAUUUUGGAUCUUUUUGAUUAAUAAAACAUCUAUACAAUAC